ACGCUUCCGCUUCCGGCGGUGUUUGUAGUAGUAAGCGGUGCAGCUAUGGCGGCCGGCGGCAGUGAUCCGCGGGCUGGUGACGUGGAAGAGGACGCCUCACAGCUUAUCUUUCCCAAAGAGUUUGAAACAGCAGAGACUCUUCUAAAUUCAGAAGUUCAUAUGCUUCUGGAGCAUCGAAAGCAACAAAAUGAGAGUGCAGAGGAUGAGCAGGAACUCUCAGGAGUCUUCAUGAAAACUUUAAACUACACUUCCCGUUUCAGUCAUUUCAAAAAUAGAGAGACCAUUGCAAGUGUCCGUAGCUUGCUGCUCCAGAAAAAGCUACAUAAGUUUGAGUUGGCUUGUUUGGCCAACCUUUGCCCAGAGACUGCUGAGGAGUCCAAGGCUCUGAUUCCAAGCCUGGAGGGGCGAUUUGAAGAUGAGGAACUACAGCAGAUUCUUGAUGAUAUCCAGACAAAGCGCAGUUUCCAGUAUUAAUCUCCAAACUUCACUCAGCUUCUUGGGGGACUCAUGUCCCCAGCAUACCACCACCCUCUCAGGGGCUGGGGCCUUGCAGAAGCUAUUGCAAAAGACAUUUGGAAUUCUUGAAGAAGACAGUCCAUCUUGGUGUGGGUUUAGGUUGCUGUUUCCAAUGUGACUGUUAGACCAUAAUGACCGUAUAAUUUUAGAGCAGCCUUGCAGUGACUGCCUAAACAUGCUGCUGAGAAGGGUGAGGUGGGGUAUUAUAUAAGCCAUGCUGUUGACUAUCUCAAACUGUGGAUUUUGGACCCCACAUUUAUUUUUUAUUCAUAACAUUUCAUAUUUUAAUUUCAAA